UGAACAACUAUCUUCCAACUCAAACUGCAGAGAGAUUUCAUCCAAGUAUUGCAGAUUUCUACUGCAAGAUCAUUGAGAGCAUAACGACCAACAGUUUCGUGCUCUUCUUUCACUUCAGGAAGAUUUAAAGAUGGGAAUCCGUUUGCCUUCAAUUCUUCUUCACACCAAACAAAUUCUCAAAAUACAGGGCGUUUCUACUAAAGUUAAAUCUGAUAUUCCCAGAGGACAUAUUGCAGUCUAUGUAGGGGAAAUCCAAACAAAGAGAUUUGUGGUCCCAAUUUCUUUCUUGAACCAUCCUUCUUUUCUAAACCUACUGAAAACGGCCGAGGAGGAGUUUGGAUUCAACCAUCCAAUGGGUGGCCUGACAAUUCCCUGCAGAGAAGAGACCUUUAUUGAUCUCACGUCUAGGUUGCAUACAUCAUGAGAGAUAGAGAUAAAAGAUCAACAUCUCCACACAGUUUUGCCAACUUUGUUAUUCUUUUUCAAUUUCUCCUAGUUGUAGUAGAAUAUCAAUGCAUAUCUGUAUAGGAAGUAUAUAAAAAGGACUGUAAAGAGAGAGUGGACACUUAUCAGUAAAAUGACUAGUUAUUCCUAAGAGAAAA